AUGGCGAGGUUCCCGCGAGCCGACCUGGCAGCUGCAGGAGUUGUGUUACUUUGCCACUUUUUAAUGGACCGGUUUCAGUUCGCUGCAGGGACGCCUGGAAACCAAGUCCACGAUUGGCACUAUCAAAUUGCUCAGGCCUCCCCACAAACAGAAGAGGAGGUGGAAGUGGACUCACAUGCAUACAGCCAUCGAUGGAAAAGGAACUUGGAUCCUCUCAAGACAGUAGACUCAAACCGAGCCAGCGUGGGCCAAGACUCUCCAGAGCCCAGAGGCUUCACUGACCUGCUGCUGGACGAUGGGCAGGACAACACCACCCAGAUUGAGGAGGACACAGAUCAUAACUACUAUAUAUCUCGGAUAUAUGGUCCAUCCGAUUCUGCCAGUCGGGAUCUGUGGGUGAACAUAGACCAAAUGGAAAAGGACAAAGUGAAGAUUCAUGGAAUAUUGUCCAAUACUCAUCGGCAAGCUGCAAGAGUGAAUCUGUCCUUCGAUUUUCCAUUUUAUGGCCAUUUCCUACGUGAAAUCACUGUGGCAACUGGGGGUUUCAUAUACACUGGAGAAGUUGUGCACCGAAUGCUAACAGCCACACAGUACAUAGCACCUUUAAUGGCAAAUUUUGAUCCCAGUGUAUCCCGAAAUUCAACCGUCAGGUAUUUUGAUAAUGGCACAGCACUUGUUGUCCAGUGGGACCAUGUACAUCUCCAGGAUAAUUACAAUCUGGGAAGCUUCACCUUCCAAGCAACCCUCCUCAUGGAUGGCCGCAUCAUCUUCGGAUAUAAAGAAAUCCCUGUCUUGGUCACACAGAUAAGUUCAACCAAUCACCCGGUGAAAGUGGGACUGUCAGAUGCCUUUGUCGUCGUCCACAGGAUCCAGCAAAUUCCCAAUGUUCGAAGAAGAACAAUUUACGAAUACCACCGAGUAGAACUACAAAUGUCAAAAAUCACCAAUAUUUCAGCUGUGGAGAUGACCCCAUUGCCUACCUGUCUCCAGUUUAAUGGUUGUGGCCCCUGUGUAUCCUCUCAGAUUGGCUUCAACUGCAGCUGGUGUAGUAAACUUCAAAGGUGUUCCAGUGGAUUUGAUCGCCAUCGUCAGGACUGGGUGGACAGUGGAUGCCCUGAAGAGUCAAAAGAGAAGAUGUGCGACACCACAGAGCCAGUAGAAAGUUCUACUCAAACCACCACAACCACAGGAGCAACAACCACACAAUUUAGGGUCUUGACAACCGCCAGAAGAGCAGCGACUUCCCAGCCACCCACCAGCCUGCCCACAGAAGAUGAUACCAAGAUAGCUCUACAUCUAAAAGAUAAUGGAGCCUCUACAGAUGACAGUGCCGCCGAGAAGAAAGGGGGGUCCCUUCACGCUGGCCUCAUCGUUGGAAUUCUCAUCCUGGUCCUCAUUAUAGCUGCAGCCAUUCUCGUGACGGUCUAUAUGUACCACCAUCCAACGUCAGCGGCGAGCAUCUUCUUUAUUGAGAGACGCCCAAGCAGAUGGCCUGCGAUGAAGUUUCGAAGAGGUUCUGGCCAUCCUGCCUAUGCUGAAGUUGAACCAGUUGGAGAGAAAGAAGGUUUUAUUGUAUCCGAGCAGUGCUAAAACUUCUAGAACAGAACAGCACCAGUGCUGGCUUACAGGUGUUAAGACUAAAAAAAUUGCCUAUACCUUUAAGACACACACACACACACACACACACACACACAGGAGCCCUAAGCUGCUGUAGCUGGAAGGAGAUGAGAUUUCUGGACAAGUCCAACCCAGGAAGGGUAAAAAAACAAAACAAAACAAAACCUAAAUCUUAUGCAGGAUACUAUUUACCACUGAACAUAGAAUUCCCUAGUGGAAUGACCUCUCUAGUUCACUCAGAACAUCUCCUGUGGACUUUUCAGAACUAUUACAGUGCUGUUGGCUUAAGGUGCAGGGUUGCAAAGGGAUCGAGAAAAAAAAAAUAAUAAAGCUUUAGUUCACAAGA